AUGGUCUCUCGCAUCAUCUACCAAGGGGUGCCCCAUGUAUAUGCCACUAUCUGCAACGUUGCGACAGCCUCUUUUGACUCUGGUAGGCCCCUGGAGAACUACAUACAAGAAAAGUACCCGAUUGUCACCCCUUCCCCCGAGGGCAAGCUCCUACCGGUCUUUAUACACACUCCAAGCGCCCGAGUGCAUACCAAUGAUACUACAGGCUCCAAGAAGAGCGUUGACCAGGUCACCAUUGCCCUGGAUUUCAUGGUCGAUCUAGUCAAAUCCAAAAACAUUGACCUCUCUAAGAUCGGCAUCAUCUCGCCAUAUGCGGCCAAUGUGGAGCUCCUCGACCGCAUGAUACGCAAAAACGCCGCAUACGAGGCGCUCAAGGGCACCCCUCCGGCGUCGACAGUUGAUUCGUUCCAAGGUCAAGAAAACGAUAUCAUCUUUGUCGUAAUGGGCACCGCCUACCCCAGACCUAGGCCUAGGUUCACAGCCCAGGAGCAGCGUCUUAAUGUGAUGCUUAUAUAG